AUGGUGUCUCUCCCAGACGUCCAGUCCUCAAAUGCCCGGAUCACCAACACGCUCCCAGCAGGCCUUGUGGCAGUCUUCGUAGGCGCAACAAGCGGCAUCGGCGAAGCAGCCCUGAAAGAGUUCGCCCGCUCCACCCGAUCUCCUCGUGCGUACUUCAUCGGCCGCUCGCAAGAAGCCGCCGCCCGCAUCACAGCCGAAUGUCGACAGUUGAACCCGGAAGGAGAAUUCACCUUCAUCAAAGCGGACGUCAGUCUGAUUCGGAAUGUCGACUCAGUCUGUCGCGAACUUCAGAGUAAAGAAAAGAGUAUCAACAUCCUUUUCCUUAGCUGUGGAACUAUUCGUUUUGGAGAAGAUACAUCCGAAGGCCUCCAUGUCAUGACUGCAACUGGAUACUACGCACGAACACGAUUUAUCACCAACCUCCUGCCCAAUCUCAAACAAGCAACGAAGCUACGGCGUGUCGUCAGCGUCCUAGCAGGCGGCCACGAAGGUCCCAUCGACGUAAGCGAUUUCGAAGGAAAGAGCAUGUCCAUGCUAAAGAUACGGGGACACCUUGUAUCCAUGACUGACAUGGCGCUGGAAACACUGGCCGAGCAAGCGCCAGAAGUGACGUUUAUUCACGAUUACCCCGGCGCCGUUAAGACAGGGAUUGGGCGCGAGUCGAAUACUCCCCUGGCCUGGUUUAUGACUAUCGUGCUUAUGAUUAUCGGGCAUUUGUUCUACAUCCCGAUUCGGGAGUCCGGGGAGAGACAUCUUUUCUUCGCAACGAGUGCUAAGUAUCCUCCCCGCGUCCGCGUGGAUGCUGUGGGAGAUUCCUCUGGUGUGCCUUUGUCGGAGGGGGUUGAGGUUGCCAGUGGGACGGAUGGGAAGGUUGGGAGUGGGGUUUACAGUAUUCACUGGAGUGGGGAGCAUGCUGGUCCUAAGGUUGUGAAGUUGUUGGCUGGACUCCGCGAAGAGGGGAUGGCACAGAAGGUAUGGCAGCAUACGGUUGGUGAGUUUGAUAGAAUUACCGGAUCGGCGGAUACCUAG